AUGGUGCAGCGGGUCUCUCGCGGCGGCGACACGAACCGGCUGUCGACCGCCUUCGUGCGCGAGGACGACCAGGCCGAGGUUGCCGAGCGGACCGCCUUUGAGGCGUGGCUCGCGUCUGUCCACGGCGGCUGCCGCGCCGACGCACUCUCGCCCUUUGAGCACAACUUGGAGGUGUGGCGCCAGCUGUGGCGCGUCGUCGAGCGGAGCGACGUCGUCUGCAUCGUGGCCGACGUGCGGAACCCGCUGCUGCACGUGCCCGCCGCGCUGUACGAGCAUUGCGCCGCGCGGCCCUCGCUGCGCCUCGUCAUCGUCCUCUCAAAGGUUGCAUCGGUCUCGCGCACGCCGGGCCACACGAAGCACCUCCAGACGUGGGAGCUGACGCCUCACCUGACCAUCUGCGCUUCGCCCGGCCUCGUCUUCCCCGUCGCCGGAGUGCGCGUGCACGGUGUGGUACGAGUGCUGCAGCUCUUUCCGAUUGCGCAGGUGCGCGAGGCCCUCUCGGCGGUGCGGCUGCUCUGGCUUGCGCUCGACUUGCCGCGCAUGUACAACAUGCGCCCCGCAGAGCCCUGCGACGACGAGGACGAGCUCUCGCCCUUCGGCUUCUGCGCCGCGCUCGCCAAGCGGAAGGGCUACCACCGCCGCUACCGCCGUCCGCGCUCGCUUCCCUCGCCGCGCCGCCAGGCGGCGCGGCAGACGCUGCCGGCGCGGCAGAGGCGAAGGGCGGCCGAUGCGGUGGCGAGCUACAUGCUCCCUCUGGCGGCGGCGGCUGCCCGUGCGGGCUGCGUCCCGUGCGAGGGGUCCCACAUCGAGGUCCCGAUGAAACGCGAAGACCAAACGCGGCGGUCGGCGGGCAGUCUCGUCGGUGAACGCAUCUUGACGAAGGAGCGUUGA